AUGCAAGCUCUACUGAUAUAUUUUCUGACCUACUUUCUGUCAGCACAUGGGUCCCUGACACCCAUGAAAAUAGCGGUGGUCAGUGGUUAUGGAAGUUUGGAACCAGAGAUGCAGAGUCAACUCCAAAACUCCCUGAAUUGGUUCCAAUCCGCAUUUCUUGUUCAUAAAUCCUCUCAUCCUGUACAAAUCAGCGAUAUCUAUGAAAGAAUUCCGGAAUAUCAAAAAUUCAGUAGUGUUCUCGUUCAGACUCCACUACACCGUCAGAACAUAAGAAUCAAAGGCCUCAAAAGUCUGCUAGAAAUUUCCGAUUUCACUGUAUUCAUAGUUGCUCAGGACCCUAGACGAUGCGCCCGAGAACCAGAUUUGUUAGCAGAAGCAUUACCAAUAGUGUUGCUACCGGACACUAGAUUCUACUACGACCUUUUCCGUCAUGAAACUCUUCACGGACUGGGUUACGGUUUGAUAGUAGAUAAGACAGGUCUUACCGAUAAACCAUCUGAAAAAAUGACAUGGCAUGGCGCCAACGGAGUGGGACAUCCGGAAAACAGACACUUUUUGGAUUUCGAUAAUUUUGCUUUAAAGGCAGGAAAGGAGCAUUUUGGGUGUUCAAACAUGAAGGGAAUACCGGCAGAUGGAGAGAGAAAAAAUCAUUUAAAUGAGUAUGUUUUUGGGAACGAACUGAUGACCACUCAUUUGGAACCUUCUGGAAACAUAUUCAGCUGGAUAUCAGUUGGAAUUAUUGAGAGGACAUAUAAUGGGGACCAACAGUGGUAUCAUAUCAACCGCACUUAUAUCACACCGGAAGCCGACCAAUACUCAUAUGGAAGGAAUUUUGGCUGUGUAUUUUUGGAAAAGUCGUGUCAUGAGUUCAUCAGAUUUACGGAGGCUACGAAACCCAAUUUUAAAACUGCUCCGUUUUGUUCAAGGAAUCAUAAAAAUGUGAACUUGAGAUACUUUUAUUAUUUCCCAAUUUUCCACGAAUUUCAGAUGUGCUACAAACUUCCCAAUUCCCAAAAACUAUACAAAAUAAGUGAUAAGGGAUGCGAAAUGCGACGAGUCAUUGGAGGGACUGAUAAUGGAGGACAACAAAGAGAAUGCCCGAUUAUAAAACACCUUCCGCCGAUGUACGAAAUUGUGCAGUGUCCACCGCCUCCGGGAGGAUAA